AGUUUGCGGAAACUACUCAUUCGCCGCGCGCGUCACACCGGUGCGCGUUCAGUGAGUGUGCAUGUUGUUGGGAUCUCGCGGGCGACGAUCUCCCCUUUUCGGGGCAUUUACUCCCCCCCCAAAUAAAACACCCUACCCCCUCGGUGGUUCGCGCCGCAUCUCGCCGUCGUAUGUGUUCGUUACCGUCGGUUCGGUUGUGGUUUUCCUCUGUUUUUAAUUUUUGUUUUCUUAUAUUUUUUUAACUUUUUCUUUUUUUUUUUUUUCUGUUCCGUUCCGUUUUUACCGCUGCACAAAUGUACAGGCCACCGCAGGACGAACCUCGAGCUCUCAGCAGUAAGAUGUCUUGGGACAAUCCCAGGGAUUACAUGCUCAAAGGUGCUACGCCGCUGAAAGUCAAGAUGGAACGCGAGAAACAACGAGAGAAAGAAAGACAGUCCAGACAGCAACAAGUAUCGGAAAAUAACGUUAAAGAUAAAAAAGAACUGUUCGGUUCACCAGUAAAGGUGGACGACGAACAGGACGACGAGCAGAGCCAGCUGAUCCAGAGUCAAUUGGGUUCGUUCGACGACGCCAAACCGUACUUGGACAUGGUGUUCAGCUGCGGCAUUACCGGCAUGCCGCAGAGUCCCGCUCCGCCGCCCCCGCCGUCGUCUUCGUCGUCGACGCUACCCGCUGCCGCCGCCGCCGGCAUGAUGCACCAUCACUCGUCGUCGUACCCGUCCGGCGCCGCGGCCGCGGCCGCCAAGUCGCACCAUCACGCCAACGUGGCCGCCGCCGCCGUGGUCGGCCAACAACAGUCGUCCAGGAGGUCCGUAUCGCCCGCGUCCGGCGGCGGCGGUGGUGCGGCGCCACCCGCCGUCGGAUCGUUCAAAAAGCCGACCGUCACUUCGCACGCCAUGGCCAGGUCGUCGACGAGCAGCGGGUCGUCGUCGUCCGCACACUUUCAACCGCCGGCCAACCCACCCAGGAACAGUAACUUUUUGAAACCGGGUGAAAUGAAGCCGCCACCAUAUUCAUCGAUGAGCCGAUCGACAAGCGGCAGCAUGAGAAGUAGCCAUUCUUCGCAUCAUAGGCCUACACACAAGCCCAAUCUUGCCAUACCAAAUAGUCAUAACUCAAACGAUACCAAUACGCCCAGCACGAUCGAAGACAUUCUAAACGAAAUGACCGUCGGGCUUCCACUCGUGUCGGACAUUGCCGAAACACCGAGGGUCACGAUCGUUGACUCCAAAUACACCGCAGACGGGAAGGUGGAACCGCAACAAAGGAUGAGCCCCAAAGACGCGUCGGAGAGCCUGAAGAAAAUGCUCGGCGAGCCAAAACCGCUUUUCGCCGAACCCGUGCACAGGAACCUGCCGGGGUCUUCUUCCUUGCACGGCAUGUCGCCCGACGGUGCCUCCAACGCGACCGCUGCAGUCGCCGCCGUGCCCAUGGAUGCCAAACCGUCUGGACCAUACAACCAUUCGCUGUUCGCAUCGUACAUGGUCAAACCGUCCGUCAGAGGGUCCAACAUAAUACCACAACCACAACAACCACUGCUCCAGGAGUCGCAACAGUUGGCACUGUCGCCGCCGACCGACAAGAACCGACGGAGUUCCUCCACGUCGACCAACGUUAUUUCAUCGGACGCGGCAAACUGCAGUUCCGCCAAGGCUGAUAAGACCAGUAGUGACAUGUCCGUGGACGAAGACAGCUCGUCCAGCGAGGAAGGUGAGAAGGACAGCAGUACGGACAGCAGUUGCAGCGAUAGCGAGAGCAACGACGAGAAGAAAGACAACCCGCCGGCCGUGUCGCCCCCUCGCCCGCAAGAGGAACAGGAGGAGGAACAACAGCCCCGGUGGUACCUGAAGAACUUCUUGAAGAAGAGCACGCCCGACACCAACAACACGACCCGGACGUCUCAACAGGAGGAAUCUGUCGGGAUGACUGAUCCCAAAUCUAGUCCAAACUUUGCAAUUCAACGAUCUGAGGUUGUUGAACUAUUAUCUGAAAUGUCAGACUCAGACUCAAACCAUAGUGAUAAGCAAAAGAGUCAAUCUGAUUCUUCAUCUUCUUCAUCUUCAUCUACUUCAUCUUCAGAAGACGAAGACGAUAAAAAGAAAAAGGCUUGUGAAAGCAGUUGUGAUAGUGAUUCGUCAUAUAGUAGCCGUUCACGUACAUCGUCUAAACCAAUAACUGACUUACAUAAAAAAUACUCAACUUUAGCAAAGAAUGAGAAAAAGGAUCUCAAGAAAUCGUUUGAAAAAUCUGCUAAAUCAGUAGAAAGAAAACCACCUCCUGUUUUAAUUAAAAAAGAUGAUCCAGUUGAGGAACCAGCUAAGAAAAAGAGGGGUCGGAAGAAGGGUCCUACUAGCAUGCCCAAACCUCCACCACCAUCAAAAAUUAAGUCAAAACCAUUAAUUUCAUCAGAUUCCGAGGAUGAUGACGAACCCCAUAAACCUGUGAAGAUCAGUGAAAAACGAAGAGGACGACCACCUGGAAAAAAGUCUAAAGUGAUAUUGGCUAGUAGUGAAUCAGAAGAAUGGACUGAUAGUAGUCGUAAAAAUCGUAAGAAAGAUUCAGAAAAGAAGUCUUCGCAUUCACUAAAGAAAACGCCUUCCUGGGAAAAGAACCAACCGCAGAAGCCCGUGGCCCGUGUUAGUGCUGCUUUACGUCCAACUCGUUCGAUUUCAAGUAGUGUAGAUUCAGACUCAUCAGAUGUAGAAUGCAGACCACCACCCAUGUCUACAACUACUGAAAGUCCGCCUAAACUCGAUGUUGAAGGGAUUAAAGUACAAGAUAAGAAGAAGAAUGAUACGCUGAGAAAACUUUUCAUAACUCGUCGUGAAGAAGGUGGUGCCAAGAGCGGUGGAAAAUCCAAGGGUGGUAAAGGUGGUAAAGGGGGUGUAAUCAUUAUUGAUAACAAUGAAGCGAUGCGCAAUGAUAAUGAGCGUGUAAUAUCACCUGUACCAGUCAUUCCUCCUAUGCCCAAAGAAUCUGAAUGUCCAAAGACUUCGAAAUCAUCUUUGAUUUGUAGAAUACCAUUAAGCAAGUUACCCACUAAAUUUCAGUAUUUAUUAAAACCGGCAAGAUCUGAAGAGCUAAGAACAUGUGCUGAUUUGGCCAACACCAGGCAAGAAGAAAAAAAGCAUAAACAUAGGCACCAUAAACACCAUCACAAAAGCAGCCCAUCACAAUCCGUUUCGGGAACGGAAAAAUCCAAAUCAACUGAAUCUCCUGCCAAUGUAGCUCCACCUACACAGCCGCUACUGCAACAGCCCGCAUCCGACAGCUAUACUAAAGGUAUGGUGGAUAGCGGUAACAUAUGGCGUAAACCACCGUUGUCUGUGUGUGCAGUCAUACCAGAAGCUAAAGUCAAACCCCUAGAGCAUAACACCAUGUCUUACCUGCAACGCCCUACCGCCACUAGCGGUAUUAUGCAUGGUCCUUAUGAAGAAUCAUCGGAAGAUGAAGAUGGCGGUCCACCACCGUUCCUUCCUUAUAGUACCACCACGGUUCAAAUAAUGGACCCUCGGUAUAAACGUUCACUUGAGCUGGAUCAAUACUCUCCUAAUGCGACCAAAAGACGAAAGUUUCACAAUUCGACCACGUCUUCCACGCUUGCACGAUAUGCUGCGACGAGGAGUGAUGGAUUAAUAAACGAUAUCUUGGUGGACCGUAUGCACGAAGUUCCCGUACAACCUCCUCCCAGACAACCAUCUUGGCGCAUGCAGUCCAUGCACCACCAGUAUCCUCCGAGGAAAGGAUUUUUCUCAUACUUUGUAACGGACUUGUAUCCUGAAAAUAAUAUGCACCAAGAAGUUCCGCUUAAAGAGGCUCAAGCAUUAACCAAAUUAGCAGAGUACGAGCCUGAUCCCAUCACUCAAGAAAUGAAAUACUUGGAUGGUAUACUAUGUUUUGUACUCAGUGGCCAUCUGAUGGAAAACGAUGGGACCCGGGAGAGAGGGAUUCUCAAGAUCUAUAACGAUACCAUAGAUCUAAUUAAAGUUAUUUGGUCUAAGAUUUAUAAUUACCGAGCAGACUGUGAUCAUGAAGAGCUUGAUGAGUUAUUCGAAAUGGCUGACAAUCCAGAAAGAGACAACAGGCUUUUAAUACUUUGGAUGAGGUGUCUAAGCUUCUUGCGGUUAAAGUUGUUUAAACUACUUGUGUACCAAAAUAGGCAAAAUUUCAAGACUGUUCAGCAACAUUUCCUCAAGAAUGUGGGUUCGAGUCCCAUUUCACCAUCACCAUCACCGGCCAGCUCUGUGGAGAGCCAUUCGUCGGGGUACUGCAGUAGUAGCAUUACGCCUAGUGGUGGAGUUGCCUCGUCCGGAGCUGCUACUGGUGUGAUUGGCGUUCCAAUAGUCGUGCACAAUGCCAUGCAUUCAGAGCAUAUACUUUACUGUCAUUUGGCCGCUGCACAUGAGAUGUGGCAACGUGCUGACUUGUUGGUUAUGCGUGGCAAACACACACAAUUCUUCGUUGAGAUGGACCGACACUGCGGACCCUUGACACUACAUAGUUCCGGUCAUGAUCUCACAUUUUAUGCUCGUAUUGCCAUUUCCCGCAUGAGAUGUGAGUUCAACAUCAAAAAUUACCUUCCAUGAUAUUAGAUGAUCACCUCGGAAGCUAAGUCAUUAUACACAACUCUAUAAAAAUUCACAUCGUACAGUCUUGUAGCAUUUCAUCAUCGUCUUGGGCUUCAUUAUGACGAGGAAUUAAUAAUUUCUGUUUCGUGAAACAUAUUUAAACUGCUGUAUGUGGUUUAUAUAAAUAUUAUUUCUCUGUACAUAACUCAUGUACAGCAACUUCUAGUUCUCUUGAAUAUUUUCUGUUUUUUUUUUUUUCUUUUAACGUUAAAAGAUGAAUUGUUAUAUUUUUACA